GUGUUUUUCCUGCAGUGCAUUCUGGGAGUAAGUCCGUCGUCCCUUCGUCCAUGAAGUCAGGGCUCAGUAUCUGGGGCGAGAGUCCGCCAAGGUUCGUCACUAAACCGAGCCGAGUGUUCGCCGACGUGGGACGGACGGGGAAGUUCAGCGCAAAAACCACGGGACGGCCACAGCCCCGGGUCACAUGGUACAAGGAGGAGGCGGAGCUUCAGUCCCGUGGGCGGGUCAGUGUGUACGAGCGCUCUGGCCUUCACUUCCUGGAGAUAAAGGAAGUGCUUGUGGAGGACGCAGGAAGUUACAGGUGUUUGGUCACCAACGGCGCCGGAACGGCCACCGCCACCGCCGUGCUCCACGUCCAGGAUGGUCCUGAUGACUCGUCCAGAGAUGCCCAGGCCCCGGGGGAGGAGCAGCAGAACCUCCUGUCUCUGGGAGCCUCCUCCUGGAGGAGCAGAUCUCCUGUACAGCUCCCUCUGGUGGCUGAGAGGAGAACUGCAGCUGCUCAGGUCCAGUCAGUCUGGACUCAGGAUCCAGUUCAGACCGGUUCAGUCCAGCAGCCAGCGAGCAGCUCCGACGUCAGCAGUGCUGUCAGGAGGUCGACUUCGGGGUCAAACCGGCGGUUCGAGGCCGUUCCUCUGGACCCCCGCGCCACAGAGGGAGAACGGGUCACAUUCAGCCGCCACGGCGGACUGCAGGGUCGCAGGUCAAAGGUCACCGAGGUCAGAGGAGUGUGUGAGGCUCCACGCUUCGUCCGCCGCCUCGCCGACCUGAAGGUGAUGGACGGCAGCAGAGUCUCCAUGACGGUGGAGCUGACCGGUCACCCCCCUCCAGAGGUGGUGUGGCUCCAUGAUGGGCAGGAAGUGACGGAGUCAGAGGACUUCCACCUCCUCAGGGAGGAGAACCGCUGCACUCUGCUGAUCCAGGAGGUUUUCCCCGAGGACACUGGGACCUACAGCUGCCAGGCCUGGAACCAGUACGGAGAGGACCACACCCAGUCCCAGCUCACCGUGGAGGAGCCCCAGGAUGGCGUCCAGCCCUGGUUCAUCACCAAACCCAAACCAGUGAGCGCUGUUGUGGGUCAACACGUCCUCCUGUCCUGCGCCAUCGCCGGAGACCCGUUUCCCCAGUACACCUGGACCACAGCCGGCCUGAGCCGACCUCUGACCUCGGGAGGAGACUACGAACUGCUGCAGAAGGAGGACGUCAUCUCACUGCUGAUCAGGAAAGUUAAAAAGCAUCACGCUGGAGACUACCUGAUCACCCUCAGGAACAAUGUUGGGGAGUGCAGCGCUGUGGCCUGUCUCUCUGUUUAUUCCCCCCCCUCUCUCUCCAUCUGUCUCUGUGCUCGUCGGUCCAGACCUACAGCAGGAGGAAGAGGAGGAGGAGGAGGAGGAGGAGGAGGAGCAGCUGGUGGGACUGUGGUGCUGAGAGGAGGUUCCAGAGGAGGAGGCGUGGAGCAGAGGAGCAGCAGCAGCCGUGGUGUCAGUCGGCAGGAGGCCAACCAGGAGCAGAAGGAGAACCCGCAGCUCCUGCACCUGCACAAGGAGGAGAAGAAGAAGAAGGAGGAGGACCAGGACUCUCCUGCCGCUGCUCCCCGAGGCCUCCUCAAGCGCUGCGUGGAAACCAGGGAGCGUGGCGAAGAGGAGCUGCGACAGAAGGAGGCGCAGCAGCUCGACUUCCGCUCGCUUCUGGGACGGCGAGCUUUGAACGCCAAAGACAACCAGGAAGAGGAGCCAAGGGAGGCCGGCCCCGCCGCCGCCGCAGAGCACCGCCACCAGAUGGAUUUUAAGGCCAACCUCAAGGGCGUCAAGGCCAAGAUGGAGGACGACCGCAAGGGCAACUCCCCGCAGCAGGUCGACUUCCGCGCCGUGUUGGGGAAGAAGGGCGCCGCCGGCAACGGCAACAAACCGGCAGAGACGCCCGGGAAGAACGCCGGCGACUUCCGCUCCGUCCUCGCCAACAAGAAGAAGCCGGGGAGCCCCGAGAAGAACGGGGAGAGCGGGAAGGCGGCGGUGAACAACUGCGUGGACGGAGGGAUUAAGGAGAAGAAGAGGGAGGAGGAGGAGGAGGAGGAGGAGGAGGAGGAGGGGAAGGCACCGGAGUUCGUGGAGAAGCUGAGCGAUGUGACGGUGCUGGACGGGCAGCGGCUCCGGCUGCAGUGUCGCCUCGCCGCCUCGGAUCCAGCAGACGCCGCCGUCACCUGGACGCUGGACGGAAAGACCAUCAAGUCGUCCAAGUUCAUCGUCCUCGCCAACGAAGGAGGCCUGUGUUCUCUGACUAUAGAUAAAGCUCUACCAGAGGAUGAAGGAACCUACAGAUGUAGAGCGGAGAACCCAGCAGGAGAAGACAAGAGCUCCUGUACGGUUCUAGUGGACGACCCGACAGAGAACUCUCCGGCUGAUAAGAAGUCCAAGAAGAAGACUCCGACCUCAGAGAGUGAAGCCAGAAUAAAGAAACCGACGGCCAAGACUCCUCCCAAACAAGCUCUUCCUCCUCAGAUCCUUCAGUUCCCAGAGGACAUGAAGAUCCUGGCGGGGGAGAAGGUGGAGAUCCUCUGCAAGUUCUCUGGAGCUCCACCCAUCAACUGCACCUGGCUGAAGUUCAGGAAACCAAUCCAGGGCUCCGCUGAUAUCUCCAUAGAGAGCAGUGACAGCAGCAGCAGACUGACCAUCAGCUCCGGUCAGCAGGAGCACUGUGGAUGUUACACCAUCGAGCUGAGGAACACCGUCGGCCUCCGUCAGGCCGCCCUCAACCUCACCAUCGUCGAUAAACCCGACCCCCCAGCGAGGGUCCCUGCAGCCUCAGACGUGCGGCGGUCCAGUCUGACUCUGUCCUGGUACGGGCCGACCUACGACGGAGGCAGCGCCGUGCAGUCCUACAACCUGGAGAUCUGGGACUCUGUGGAUCCGCAGUGGAAGCUCCUGGUGUCCUGCAACAGCACCUCCUACAACGUACAGAACCUUCUUCCAGAACGUCAGUAUAAGUUUCGUGUUCGGGCCGAGAACAUCUACGGAGUCGGAGAGCCGAGUGCCGAAUCUGAGCCGGUUACCGUCGGCCUGGUGGAUGAUGAUGAGGCCGAGGCAGAGGAGGAGGACGAAGACGUAGACAAGGAGCCGGACUACAGAGACGUGUCCAUCAGGACAGACGUGAAGGUGAAGGAGCUGUACGACGUGGAGGAGCGGCUGGGAACGGGGAAGUUCGGUCAGGUGUUCAAACUGGUGGAGAAGGCCACGAAGAAGGUUUGGGCGGGAAAGUUCAUCAAGGCGUACUCGGCGAAGGAGAAGGAGAACGUCCGGCAUGAGAUCGGCAUCAUGAACAGCCUCCAUCACCCCAAACUGGUCCAGUGUAUCGACGCCUUCGAGGGCAAGUCUGACAUCGUCAUGGUGCUCGAGAUGAUCUCGGGCGGCGAGCUGUUCGAGCGGAUCAUCGACGAGGACUUCGAGCUGACGGAGAGGGAGGUGAUCAGAUACAUGCUGCAGAUCAUUGAUGGAGUCAGCUUCAUCCACAAACAGGGGAUCGUCCACCUGGACCUCAAACCGGAGAACAUCAUGUGUGUCAACAAGACCGGCGGCAAAAUCAAACUCAUCGACUUCGGCCUCGCCAGGAGACUAGAAAACGCAGGAACUCUGAAGGUUUUGUUUGGGACUCCAGAGUUUGUGGCUCCAGAAGUGAUCAACUAUGAAGCUAUCAGCUAUCCCACCAUUUUUUACUUUAUUUACAUGUGGAGCAUAGGAGUCAUCUGCUACAUACUGCUGAGCGGUUUGUCUCCCUUCAUGGGCGACAACGACAACGAGACUCUGUCCAACGUCACCUCGGCCUCCUGGGACUUUGAGGACGAGGCCUUCGAUGAAAUCUCUGACAACGCCAAAGACUUCAUCACAAACCUGCUGAAGAAGGACAUGAAGGCCCGGCUCACCUGUGCUAAGUGUUAUGAACACACCUGGCUGAAGCAGGACACCAACACCAUGAAGGCCAAGAAGCUCUCCAAGGAGAGGAUGAAGAAGUACAUCCUCAGGAGGAAAUGGCAGAAAACGGGUCACGCCGUUCGAGCCAUCGGCCGCCUGUCGUCCAUGGCGAUGAUGGCCGGAGUCAGCGCCAAGAAGGGCUCGCCGACCGAAGAGGACAACCAGUUCCUGGAGUGUUUGGAGGUGGAGCAGAAAACGGAGUGCAAACCGACGUUCAGCUCGGUGAUCAGAGACGUGGAGGUGGUGGAGGGCAGCGCCGCCCGCUUCGACUGCAAGAUCGAAGGUUUCCCUGACCCUGAGGUCGUCUGGUACAAAGACGAGCAGCCGAUCAAAGAGACUCGACACUUUCAGAUCGACUACGACGAGGACGGGAACUGCAGUCUGGUCAUUUCAGAGGUGUCUGGCGACGAUGAUGCCAAGUACACGGUGAAGGCGGUCAACAGUCUGGGGGAGGCGACCUGCACCGCCGAGCUGCUGGUGGAGGUGAUGGCCGGAGAGGAAGAGGAGGAAGAGGAGGAGGAAGAGGAAGAGGAAUAGAGCGGUGUUGGUCUGGACUCCCACAGGAGGAGGAGGAGGUGCUGCUCCUCUUCAGACCUGAGCAGGAAACAAAUAACAGGUUGUGAUUGGAGGAGGAGGAGGUGGGCGGGGUCUCAGCUGCACCUUGCUGUGUGCUAAACCCCGCCCACCUGACACCAGUAGAACAGAGGCCCCGCCUCCUCCGGUUAGCCUCCACUCAUUGGUGGGUUUCCUCUCUGUUUAUUUCAUUGACACAGGAUUAAUUUCUUCUGUCUGUUAUUACAGCUGGGGGGCGCUAGAGAGUCCACAGACGGAGACCGGCUGUUUAUUCGUAUAUUAGUAUAUUAUAUUAGUAUAUUAGUAUAUUAAUAUAUUAUUUAUUAGUAUAUUAGUAUAUUAUUUAUUAGUGAAACGCGACUGCUGAUCCUAAAUGAAUAAUUAUAUGAUAAUAAAUCAGAACAGUUUGCCUUUAAUGAGGAACAACUUUUCAACAUGUUUGUUAAGAAGCUUUUUAAAGCUCAGCUCUGAGGAUAACACAAAGCAUUGUGGGAGCUGUAGUUGCUAAAUAAAUAACAUAAAAUAAAUCAUUUUAACUGAGAAUAUGGAUGAAGAAAUCCCAGUAUCAUCUUUCAUCUCUGUUCAGAGGAAACACAUUGAUGAGGAGGUGCUAGCUGAACACGUGCUAGGUCGUUAGCAUUCUAUAGCUAACGGACUGUGUGCAGCUCCCAGGGCUCCUUCACCAAAGACUCAUGGGAGCUGUAGUUCUUGGGGGCGUGGGCCUUUGGCUCUCUGUUUAACCGAACCACGCUGAAGGUAGCGAUGUGGACCUGCUCCCUGUGGGAGGUGAGGAGGACGAAGGUACGAGGGAGGCAGAGAGGAACACGGCUUUACAGUCACAGAGUUUGGUCACCAAUCCAUAAAAUGUCUCACUGUGAUGAGAGACGAAGGUCGCUAAUGACUCCAAACGACAAGGCAGAACACAUGGUGUUAGCGCGGCGUUAGCGCUGCAGCUAACGGUGUGGUGAAGACUCAAAGAAGAUGAACUGAUCACCCUGAACGAGAACAUUACUGCAUAUUAAACUCACAAGAACAUAUUUCUGUUAGACGCUAACUAGCUAACGUCCCUUUAUUAAUGUUAG